AUGAGGCUGCUUCUCUCUACAUCACAAACCUGCAACAAAUCCAACGUCGAACUCCUCAACGCCCUCCGCUCCAACUUUGUCGCAGCCCAACAUAUCGAACCGUCACACACAAACACAAACGGCGCCCUGCAGGCAAUCCACGCUGCCCCGCAAAGACUCUCAUACAGCAACUAUACCACCUGGACAUCCAAGCAAGGACAGAUCCUCUACGUGCCCGCCAUUGACUUCUCAGAAGGUGGCCUGAUAGAAGACCGCGACCAGUAUGACAUCACCGUCAAACUCUUCUAUCUGCCAGGAGUCCCCGCCUCACGCCGCUGUGCGCAUACACGUGAAGCGAUAGACCUCGUCUUGAAGGAGUUGCACGUUAGCUCCAUAGACCUGCUCAUCGUAUCGUUCCCCGGAAUCUCAUUUGACGCAGACGAUGAAGGCGACAACGAGGGCGAACGGGAAGAUGUAAGGGUGUCAAACGGCACCAAAGUCGGCUGUGGCAAUUGUACCAACGACCCAUCCGUAGCACCAGACCUGGAAAGCAUAGUGCAGACCUGGCGCACUCUCGAAUCCCUACAUGCAAAAGGCAUGAUAUCCCAACUGGGGCUGGCGGAGUUUGACAGCGAUCGCCUGGCCAGAUUCCUCCCGCAUACCAAAAUCCGGCCCGCCGUUGAUCAGAUUAACGUCAAGGAUUGCUGCGUCGUGCCAAAGGCGCUGAUCCUCUUUGCCAAACAGGAGAAUAUCGAGUUGCUGACACAUAAUGAUUGUACGGAUAUUUUGCCGCAGGGGACGAUCCGAGAUUUGCUUGCGAGUGGGGAGAAGGGCGCGGGGAUACUGGCGGCAACGGCCGCGGCGGAAGAUGGUGGGUUGAAUGGUGAUAUUGUGCCACAGUGGGUUGUGAAGUAUACCGCUGUGGUAAAGGAUAGGGGGGUGAUUGAGAAUAAAGGAUAUUUUGCGCUUGCGGAAGUGGGGAGUUGUAUCAAUUCUACUGAGUUGACGGAGUAG